GACGAACUAAUACCACCGGGGGGGCAAGGGGCUGGAAGAAUGAGAGGACCGCUAUUCGCUGGUUAAUCUUCUCUCGCUCACCUGUCGAAAUGCACGGCCAUUAGCGCCGGGGCUAAACGACGAUAAUUUAGCAGCUCGGCAAGCGUUAUCUUUUCUCCCGCUGGACGUUAACAAGGAGGCAGCUUCUGGUCUCAGUGUACCUCCGGUCAGGUUGAUCCUGGUGGGGAUGCUAUUAUCCUCGUACUUCGCCCUACUGUCUAUCUUUCUUCCUAUGCAAUCGAGUUCCCGGGGUUAUGUGAUUCUUUGUUUUCGACCCAUAAUGAGUAAACUGUUACCUCGGGUUAGGGCCGGGAAUCCGAACCAACCCAAAACGGGACGCCCCGUGCUAUACGGCAAUCGCCGCGGUACGCUUUCAACUCUUCUUCUCAAGCAUAAUAUGUCCCGCCGAUGCAUUUUAGGAACGGGAUCAGUGCGGGAGCACAUCGGGGAGUGAUCAUUCGUGGAUGUACACGGGCAGAGCGACGUGCGGAUUGACCCGUCCGUUGAUCCAACCGCAGCAGAUGAAACCCUAAGACCUAAAGUAGCAGAUACUGGAGUACACCAAGUGGGACGCUCCAACCAGUGGAUCCAGCAACCAAAUGCGAUCCACACCUCGGACAAUACACUUAGGCCGCCAGAUACAAGUUGAGACAGGUUGUUCUAUUUCAAGUACGCAGUACUUAUGUGUCCGUCCGGCCGAAAAACCACAGGCAACCAGAACCAAGCGAUACGAGGAGUGUCAGAGACUCGUCACUCCUCAUGGUAUACCCGUAUGAUAGGCUGAUCCUCAGGUGCGACAGCAAGCAAGGAUGAAUUAGCCAUGGGUUGCAGGAAUGUACGUAUGAGAUCAAAACCGUCAACGUUAGCGUCAAG